UUUCAGACAGCAUUUGACAAAACCCCUCAGGAUGCUCUUUGGCCUGUGAGAGACAUAAAGAAAAAAGGAGUGUGUGAGAGAGAGUCCGGGAGAACAACAAUACUCAUCUCAUAUUUUUAAUUGGUUGAAGAAUGAUAGACUGCAACAAUUUUUGGGUGGGUCUGGCUCUGACCGCCACAGCUCUGCUCAUAUCUUUGUGUCUGAACGUUGUCUUCUGCUAUCUGAGAUGCCGAGAGAGGUUUUACAGAAAAGACACUGACGAUGAUCUCUUGUACCCAGAGUCCCCCCAAAGAGAAAGUGGGUUCAGUCCCUUGUUUGUGGAGGACCAACAUCAACAGCAGGAGAAUCCAAUUUAUGGUAACAUCAACACAGACAGAGGAGUCCCAGAGGGCAACUUUGAAGAAGUAUGCUACGAAUCCAUGACCAUGCAACGUGUUCGAGAGGUGGGACAGCCCAUUACGCCAGUGGAACCCGAUCUGAACUAUGCCUCUCUGGACCUGAAUAUGGCUGCUCAGAAACGCAAGAAGAAGCGUCGCCACCAGCAAGGCCAGAACCAGCACCAGGCCCAGGCUCGCCUCUCCCAGCCCCAGUCUCAAGCUUCAGCCCAGAUGGGAGGCUUUCUGGAGGUGGAGGCCAUUGUGGAGGCCACCCUCCCCUCCCGCAGCAGCAGUCCCAUGGCCUCACGUCACAGUAUCUACCUCAACAGCCAACAGAUGGCACUGGAGACGGAGGAGAGGGAAAGGGAGAAACUGAAGGACAUGGAGAGGGAGAGAGUGAGGAACUUGUCAGAUGAAGGUGGGAUGCAGUGGGAGGUGGAUGCACAGUGGGAGAGAGCAAGAGAGAGGGAGUGGAACAGGGACUAUGGAGUGAAUGUGGGUGAGGCAGAGAGAGAGGGAGAGAUUGAUAUGGAGACUAUUCAUGAGUGUUCAGAUCAUUUUAGCAGCAAUUUGAACCAUGAGCCGAUCAGUGAACCUGAUGAAAUAGUUUAACGUUUGGCACAUUAGGGAGUUGUUUGCUGUCAAGCCCAUGUAGACUCAACAGUAUAAUAAAAAAACAAAACAUGUAUCCAGAAUAGUUUAAAUUAAAAGAUUGUUUAUGUAUGUGCCUCAUUACACCCAGUAAGUACCGUAUUAUUCGGAAAAUAAUCGGCAUUUUCUAUACACCGCACCCCACCAGAAUGGGAGCUUUGUGUUUCUAAAUCUGAGUAUAAACCGCACUGGAAUAUAGUCUGCACUGGACACGGGAACAAUGAUACCAAGCAAUGCACGAAUAGGCGAUCUUACAGCAUGCCGUUGUGUAACACAAUUUGAAAACGAAAGUAAGUAAGUGCAUAAUGUAUGUUUUCUAUUGCCAGGGAAUUAACUAAUAUUUAAAUAGCAUUCAAGAAAAAAGUGUUUCUACUGUUGUUUUUUU